UCCGCGGAAGAAGAUGACGGCACCCAAAGUUGUGGCCCUUAUUCCGUACUUAUUAUUGGUGUUGGAAUCUUUUUUUCACACAUGUUAUGGUAGUAAAUCCAACAGUUUGGCGGGAAAGAACCUAAGGGUAGUCGCAGGUCAUUUCCCACCAGUGGUUUACAUUUCACUGAAUUCAUCUGGUCAUAUUGUUGAACAUUCUGGCCUGCUUUCUAACCAAUUACUUUAUCUAUCAGCGAAAUUAAACUUCACUUUCGAUAUAUUUGCUUCGAGAGAGAACACCAACGGAAUCAAGCAGAAAAACGGAACUUGGAAUGGCGUAAUUGGACAUAUUCUACGAGGGGAAGCGGAUUUGGGUUUGGUACCUGUAGCCAUUGACUUAGAACGCUACCAAGCUAUCGAGUUUUCUGGAAGCUUGGGGGGAGACGAUUCCAGAAUCCUAGUUAAAUAUCCAGAGCCAAGUGUUUCCUUUACUGGGGUGUUUGACGUAUUCUCUAUUGGAAUAUGGAUCGGAUGGAUAGUUUCAGGUGUAGUGAUCGCUGUCAUUUCUAUCAGCUUGGCUUACGUGACAAAACACCAAAGUUUUGGCAUAGGCGAACAUGACGCAAUACGAGCAGGAACUUUUGCGUGGUAUUUAUUUGGUACCAUGGUUUCUCAAGGAGACUACUGUCGCUUUCGCCAAUCUUCACAGAAGCUUCUCGCUGCGACGUGGUGUCUGAUAGCUUUCGUAUUUGUCAACGUCUACAAUUCCACUUUGACGUCUUACAUGUCGGUUACUUAUCAGAGGCCCAUAAUCAACUCUAUGAGUGAUUUGGCAGCUAACCCAUCUUACAAGAUGGCUUGUGUAGCUGGUUCCAUCCAAUAUAUUGAUUUAACGCAAUCAAAUAAAGAGGCCUACAAAAUUGUUGCAGACAGAGUAAAAAAAUGUUCUUCGGAUUGCAUAAAAUUCUUUAGAACUGAUAUCGUCAAUUCAGUUUUGGAGAAGGAGAACUAUGUUGCGUUGUUGGUAAUAAUCACAGAAUGUUAUUUGAGAUAG